GGCCACCUCCAAGGCCGACGCUUGGGCUCCUCUGCCUCCCCCGGCUGCUGCCUCCGCUGCUGCCACCUCCUCCGUCAGGCAGGCGUCUGCGGGGCCCGAGGGGCGGCGGCGGCAGUGAUAUGGAGCCGGAGGCCGGCGGCCGAAGCAGUGCUCGCAGGCAUGGGGCUGGGCCCCCGAGCACUCCGCCGCCUCGGGAGCAGGAGCGGAAGCUGGAGCAAGAGAAGCUGUCCGGGGUGGUGAAGAGCGUCCACCGGCGGCUCCGCAAGAAGUACCGGGAAGUGGGAGAUUUUGAUAAGAUCUGGCGAGAACAUUGUGAGGAUGAGGAAACCCUUUGUGAAUAUGCUGUUGCAAUGAAAAAUUUGGCAGAUAACCAUUGGGCAAAAACUUGUGAGGGCGAAGGUCGUAUUGAAUGGUGUUGUAGUGUAUGCAGAGAAUAUUUCCAAAAUGGUGGGAAGAGAAAAGCACUUGAAAAAGAUGAAAAAAGAGCUGUACUCGCCACUAAGACCACUCCAGCCUUAAAUACACACGAGUCUUCUAAACUUGAAGGUCAUUUAACCAACCUCAGCUUUACAAACCCUGAAUUUAUAACUGAGUUGCUACAGACCUCAGGAAAGAUCAGAUUACUUGAUGUUGGCAGCUGCUUUAACCCAUUUCUGAAGUUUGAAGAAUUUCUAACUGUUGGCAUAGACAUUGUACCUGCUGUAGAGAGUGUAUAUAAAUGUGACUUCCUGAACUUGCAGCUUCAGCAGCCACUCCAGCUUGCACAGGAUGCUAUAGAUGCCUUUUUGAAGCAGCUGAAAAACCCUAUUGAUUCUCUUCCUGGAGAACUUUUCCAUGUGGUGGUUUUCUCUCUCCUCCUUUCUUAUUUUCCAUCGCCUUACCAACGAUGGAUUUGCUGCAAGAAAGCCCAUGAACUGUUAGUGUUAAAUGGUUUAUUGCUUAUCAUCACACCUGAUUCCUCCCAUCAGAACCGUCAUGCUAUGAUGAUGAAAAGCUGGAAGAUUGCUAUAGAAUCCCUGGGCUUUAAACGUUUCAAGUAUUCAAAAUUUUCACAUAUGCAUUUGAUGGCAUUUAGAAAAAUCUCCCUAAAAACCACAAGUGACUUGGUUAGUAGGAACUACCCAGGGAUGUUAUAUAUUCCUCAAGAUUUCAACAGUAUAGAAGAAGAGGAAUAUUCUAACCCUUCCUGCUACGUUCGAUCAGAUAUGGAAGAUGAACAACUAGCAUAUGGUUUCACAGAGCUCCCUGAUGCUCCAUACGACUCAGAUUCUGGAGAAAGUCAAACCAGCUCUAUUCCUUUCUAUGAGCUAGAAGAUCCCAUAUUACUUUUAAGUUAAUAGCAAAGCAAAAGGCCCUUUCAGUCCAGACUUCUAAACUAAUUCCUUACACUAAUCAGAAAUACUAACAUGAACUCAGUACUUAAAACCUGGUUUGCAUAGAAGAAAUGCAAAGGUUUACAGAGUUUGCUAUUUUUUUCUACUUCUGGAUUUUAAAAUUUAUUCUUAUAUAGAAAGCUUAAAGUUUCAUGCAGAGUGACUCCUGUCAUAGCAGAAACCACUGUUACUUUAGCAUUUAGCACUAAGAUACUAUAGAAAGGUACCUUUUUUCUUUAGUGCUAUUGUGAAAAUGAAGCAUAACUUGCUAUGUAUUUUUCUUUUUUAAUCUUUUCAGUGUUGACUUUAAACCAUUGCAAUGAGAAAGAUAUGUAGAAAGCUGUAGCUUGCACUUUGAUUACUCACAAGUUAAAUGUGACAGAGAUAGAUUGGUUUAGUUGUUUUGUGAUGCACUUAUUCUCUUUUCUAGCUAAAUUGUUAUCUGUUACAGAAAGCCAUUUUCUGUUCAGUUUUGUCUGGUGAUCCAGCGUUUCCUCAACUUUCUGGAAUUGAUUUUUUUUUUCUUUUUUGCUCAUUUGGCAGCAUCAGACAUUUGGGGAAAAAUUUCCCCCAAGUAUGUAUUCUAAUUUCAUUAGUACAGUACAAUAAACACCAUUGCCAAAGUAGAAUGUUCAUAUCUUUCAUAUUGAUUUAGGCCUUGGUGUUAAGUAUAUUUAACUGUGAGAGUUCACUCUUACCUUUUUUAAUUUUAGGUUUCAUUUACAAAAUUUUCUAUUUAAGCAAGGAACAAUACUCGAUCCUGACCUGAAACACCUUUGUGAAAGGGUUUGCACUUGUAAGAGUUUAUGUUCUGUCUAGACCAACCUUAUUAGGGUUCUCACCUUUCCAUUAAGGAGGUGUGCUGCACUACAAGUCUGGAAUUAUAUAGAAAAAUUUUAAAUUAACCCUCUGCUAGCAAUCUCAUAAAAUGGUUUUGACCUUUCGGUAUUCUAGUUUCUAUCAAAAUUCUAGCAGAAAAUUUUCUUUGAAUAUAUAAACCAUUAGUUGGCUGUGGGAAUUUUCCCUUUCCACAUUGAUAAAUGACUUUCUGUGUUUCUGAAUCAGAAGCAAAUGAUUAAGGAGAAAAAUAUGUCCAAACAAGACAAGAUUAGUUUAAAUAGCUAAGAACAUUUGGUCCACAUUGUCUUGUCAGCCAGCAAUUGUCAUGUAAACUGUCGUUUUUAAGAGUGCCACUGUGUGGAUUUUUUUUUCAAGUGGUUAUUACAUUAAAAUUACCUCAUACUGAGGUUUUUGCACUGAAGUAUCACAGUUUCAGAAUCCAUGGUUAAUGUUAUGUGUGCGCGCGCGCGUGUGUAUGUAUGUUCUUCAAGGAAACUUGCAUUUUCAAUAGUUGAUCCUUAAAUUUCAUAAACUGCACUUCUUUACUCUGGUAAAAUUGAUGUUUUUGUGCUUAUUGUGAGUUGCUGUAGUUAACUUUGAAUGUCAGACUUUAUUUAGAAAUAUAAAAUUACCCUUUAAGAUACCAGUGUUUGGGUAUAUAUACCCGAUAUUUCAAAUUAAAUUUCAUGUUCUAAAUUAAUGAAAGUAACAGGAUUGUAAUUAACCUAAAAAGUCAGUUGAAUGAAUGCAAUAAACAAUGGUUGCUCAAAUAUGCCAAAAGUAACUAGAAAUGUUUCAUUUAUUUUCAAUAGCCUCAGAGCCCUUAAUAAUUAAGAUUUGAGUUUUCUUUCCAAUUAAGCAUUGUAGGUCCCAUCUUUAUCUCCCCCAAAAGAAUGG